AUGCGUCCUGUAAGUAUGGCAGUGGCCAAAGCCGCCCACGAGAAAGAAUACCUCAUUAACUAUCCCCAAGCUCUAAUCUCACUAACAGAUUUCGAGCGCGACUUCGCCGGGCAACGUAUCUUCACACGCUCCCUCCUCGAGCAAGCCGCCUCUGACGUCGAUCAAGCGCGCCGGGAUGAAGACACACCCAUCGUCGUGGAAGGCGUACGAGGCGACUUCUAUGAAAUCUGGCCGUACGGCGGCGUUAGCAGCUAUGGGGCUCACUUGGCGUGGAAGAAGUAUAGCGACUUUGCACUCGCUCAACCGACUGCGUACCUUAUCGUCCCGAACCUCAACAUUGGGAGUGUGACGCAGACUGAUACGCUGGGGCCUGGGGAGAACGCCGCCUGGAGCCGGGCGAAGCGGACGCGGGAGCCGCGUGAGAUGGGGAGGAUUAGGCAGAUGGAGCAAGAGUGGCUGGCAAGCGCGCAGUGGGCACAGAUGAAGAAGAGCCUGGCUGCUCUGGCGGGGAAGGCGCAGGUCAAGAACAUCGUCUGCAUAGCGAUGGGCCCUAUGUUCAGCUUCGAUUAUUCGAAGACGAAUGGGACGGGGGACACGUUCUGCCGCGAACGCGCCCAUCAGCACCUCCUCGCAGGCUGCAUUGCGCGCUUUCUGCGCUCGCAGUACGCUGCGAAGGAUCCUAACGCUCCUGCCAUCGACGUCUACGCUUACGACCCCGACUACACCCCCAAGGACAUGGUUGCAUUCGAGCACUUUCCCCUUCCUAUCACUAUGCUUUCGGACCCGCACCACUACCUCGCCAUCACGCCGCACACGCUCGUCAUUAGUGCUAGCUGUCCCGCCUUUGUCCCCAAUCACGAGAUCAUCGCCGAUUUGUUGUAUCCCAGCGGGCCGGCGGCGAUCCUGAGCAAUGAGGUGUGGGCCCACCCCUGGCAUAAAGAGGAAAAGGUGGCGCUGUUGGAUGUGUGGACGCCGCGCGUGGGGAAGAUGAUGGAGAUGUAUGAGCAAGAGGAUAUGGAGCGGCUGGGGUGGGACGACAUAGAACUCGGAUACGGUGAUACAAAGCAUCCGUGGGCCUGGUUGAACCCGAUGGUCCUAUAUUCGCGCGAUGAUGCAUGA